GCUUUUUGAACAAUUUUGGCUGUUACAAUCAGUCCAAAUGUGUGGGUCAGAAAGUUGAACCAAGAAAAAACCAACUUUUCUGCUGUUGUGAAGGUGAUUAUUGCAACAGAGAAUUUACUUGGGAGCCCCUAGCAACAGAGACACCACCCACUAUUGAAGGUGCUCCCCCUUUGAGAAGUUAUCAAAAACCAAUUUUGAACACACUCACGUACACACUGGUUCCUAUUGUGGCCAUAACCUUCAUGAUUGUAAUUGGGUAUUGGAUGUACCGUCGUCAGCGAAUGGUGUACUUCAAUGAAUUACCGACCACUGAGCCUCAAGCCAUCCACCCUCCAUCGCCAACACUGACCGUAAGCCCUGUGCAGUUAUUAGAAAUCAAAGCACGAGGUAGAUUCAGCGCUGUUUGGAAAAGCCAGCUGAAAACCGAAACUGUGGCCGUCAAAAUUUUCCCACUACAGGAGGGAACUUCUUUUCCGUUGUCGAGGACAGGACGCACCCGUGCCAGAAUACCUCCUUCCAUUCGAAGAGGAGGUGGGGCAACAUCCGACGCUGGAGGACAUGCAAGAGUGCGUGGUCCAUCUCAAGCGUCGCCCCGUGCUGAAGGAAAUGUGGAGGCAGCGCCGUGGUAUGGACAUUUUGUGCCUUACCAUCGAAGAGUGUUGGGAUCAGGAUGCCGAAGCCCGAUUGUCAGCGUCUUGUGUUCUCGAGCGUGUUACAGCUCUGACACGACUCUACCCUACCACAACGUUCAACAGCGGUCAGCCAACGGAGACGCUCCCAGUUGCCCAGCAACAGGAGGCUCGUCCCACCACGGGGGGACGAGUGUGCAACUCCGCAGCACACGUACCGGUCGCUGAUGAACGCCACAGCGGAGCGGUUUAAUUUUCUCCGCCAAGUUAGUGAAGGCCGGCCCUAUUCUUCGUCUUCAUCUUCCACCUCGUCGUCAUCGACGGCGGGCAAUUCGAAGCUGUAGGAUCCUGGUCCGCCCAAAUCGCUGAUGGAUUUGAACUUGUCCCGAGCAGCCGCUUACGACAUCCAGCACUAGAGGAGCAAUUCGGACAGCGAUAGCCAUUCGUUGGCAUCGGCUUCCUUCCAACCGCCAAAGCCUCCGCUUCAAGUCACCACCUCCACGUCGAUUCCCAGCCCCGCUGCCACCACUCCGACUUCGCCCAGUCACUCGUCGCUCGCCUCUCCGCAAUCUUCUGUGACGUCACCGAUGACCUCAUCCACCUCGCCAAAAAUAUCGGUGGCGGCUGGAGGAGAACGAAGGGAACAAUGAGGAAAGGAGGCGUUCCCCUUCCAUCCAUCCCAGCAGCAGGAAGUCGAUCGGCUGAGUCGUUGGCUCUUUUGAUAUCUCCCCAGUCGGGACUCGGGAGAGAGAGACAACACGGAGAGUUGCGGCGAAGGGAAGAAAAAAAUAAAAUGAAAAUAAAAAUGAACGCCAAAAGAUUCCGGAUGAGCGCGCGGAUAUGCAGCCAUUGCAGCCCCCCUUAACUGCACUCAACUUGGAGCGGAUGGGCGGAUCCUUUUAUUUUAUUCCAAGACGAACUCGAUUCACCUCCAUUUCGGCCGACUGCGACGACCAGGUAACAGACACUGUCGGCUCAUCAAUCCUGAUCAUCAUCAUUAUCCCAGUGAAAAACCCAGCGCACCUCCACCAAGGAAAAGUUCCAGCUCUCGGCCCAGCCCAACUUCAGUCAACCUUUUUUUUGGGAGGAAUGC